UAACUGUCAUUACGCUUAAAUAAACGAAAAUGCAAUUAUGAAUUUGACUAGACAAAUUGGAAAAUCAAAUGUUUUUUUUGAGUUUCUAAAAACUGAAGCUGCUUCAGCAAAUAUUACUAGCUGCGACAAGGCAAAAAAGCAACCAAAACUCUUAAGCUCCUGUUGUAAUGUUCCCAGAAAUGAUCAAUUCAGCAAGUCCUGCCGCAAGUCCCUGCUCAGUCAGACCAAUCUAACCACCAAUAAUGGGGAGACUCGUAAUUUGAAAUCGGACAAAGUGGCUCUACAUGCAUGUAUUGCGGAGUGCGUAUUCAAAAAGAAUGGUUAUUUACUCUCCAAUGGAACUGUUAAUUUACCUGUUAUGCAAAGGAGCCUGGAACAGCGCUAUAAAAAGGAUGCCGUCCUCUCAAACCUCAUCGUGAAGAGUUUAAAAAGCUGCGUGGACUACGCUCAAAGCCGUACCCAACAAUUCCAAUGGCUGCAUGCAAAGGACAACUGCGAUUACUAUCCGGCUACUUUGCUGGCCUGCAUCAUGGAACAGGUUUAUCAGAAUUGUCCGGCAUCUAUAUGGAAAAAUACGGCUGAUUGUGUGGGCAUGCGGGAUUACUUGAUUGCCUGCAAUGAUGUCAAAAGUGGCAGAAAGUAAACGUAUGCAAUUACG